AUGGUGGUAUGCCCAAAGAGGGUGUUCGGGGAGGUCGCCGGAAUUUGGCCGGAUUUUGGUCGCCGAAUUUUCAGGGUAAAAUUGGCAUCAAUAGCUAGGAUUCCCUCCUCUGUCUUGGGACAUAAGCCACCAUGUGAAUUACUUAUGAGUAAGCCACCUUCAUUGACACAUUUAAAUGUAGUUGGAUAUUUAUGCUUUACUAUUAAUCUGACAAGCCAUGAUAAAUUUGCUCCUCGAGUUGUGAGAGAUGUAGUGUUCUAUGAGGAUAUAUUUCCUUUCCACACAGUAGAAGGGUCAUCAGAAUCAUUAUUCCUGGAUAAAAUUCCAGUGCCAAGACAAGAUUUUGAUGAAGAACUGAAGGCAAACAUCUCAUACCCUGUUAAAUAUAACAGUGUGGGUAGUCCUGGUGAUUCUCUUAUUUUGCCUGAUAUUGAGGAACCUAGAAAAUCCAUAAGAGUAUCUAAGCCUCCCAUAUGGCUUAAGGGUUAUGUCAGAGAUGGCAAGAAAAGUUCUGCAAGCUGCUGCAAGUACCUUAUUUCAGAGGUGACUGGAUAUAAAGCUAUCUCUUCAAAAUAUCAAAGCUACUUGGCAAAGUUUUCAGUGGAAAUAGAACCUACAUCAUAUUCAGAGGCAGUAAAGGACAAAAGAUGGGUAGAAGCAAUGCAGGCAAAAAUCAAAGCAUUGGAGGAUAAUAAGACUUGGGAACUGGCAUCAGGAGAAGUUGAAAGGUUAAAAGCUCGAUUAGUGGCUAAAGGGUAUAAUCAGAGAGAAGGUUUAGACUACCAAGAAACUUUUUCACAUGUGGUGAAAAUGGUUACUGCUAGAAGUGUGUUGUUUAUUGCAGUUUCAAGGCAGUGGUCUAUUCAACAAAUAGAUGUUUACAAUGCUUUCUUGCAAGGUGAUCUAUCUUAG